AUGCCAUCAAGGAUCGUGGACGGCUACGAGAUGAAUGUAGCACACAGAGGCAGCCGAUUUACCCUGGUGGAGAAAUCAGCCGGGCGGCCGAGGACAGCCUGUUAUCGGUGCAGUGCCCUGAAGGUAGGCCCGGUUCGCUGUACCGGUGAGCGGCCGUCCUGUCAUAGGUGCACCCGUCUCCAUCGACGAUGCAUCUGGACUAAAGACGACAGCGGCCUCAGCAGGCGUGAUGACGCCAGCCUUAGUCCCGGGUCCAGGGAGGCUAAUAAAGCCAUCGAUGAGUCUACAUCAGGCACAUUCGGCAUUCCCUCCAGUCUUCUCCCCAAGCUCGUUGACUUGUACUUUGCCCACGUCGACAAUGCAUCUCUCCUACUUCAUCGGCCGUCGUUUGUUCAGAGCCUAUCAACUGGAAGUGUCACAAAACAUGUUGUUCUGAGUGUGUGCGCUUUGGCCUACAAUACCUUGUUGGAUGAAGGCUUCGCCCGUGGCUGGGCCGAAGAAGCGGGUCGACUCGCCUUCUCCCAGGUUGAGAACCCCACGGAGGAUAACCUCGUCACAUUUCUCAACCUUACGCUGUUCUGGUACAGCCAGGGCCAAUGGCAGCGAAUGAUUGUCUACGAGGGUAAUGCCGCUUGCAAGUCUCGCGUGCUUGGCUUAGGCACCAGCCAGUCCUUAGCCCAAAAUCCUUCUUUCAGUGCCGAGUUGAGUCGCAGACGGUUUUGGGCGUGCUUUUUGAUCAAUCAGUUUGGUAACGAGGCUGCGAGAUGUCCGAAAAUGAACCUUGCGGACUUUGAGGGUAUCAUGCUUCCAUGCAACGAGGAAGACUUUGAACAGGAGAAGUUUCCACCUCGCCACAUGCACCCCGGAAGUCGCGAGCACCAGCAUAGAGAAAGCUACUUCGCAGAGACAUCAGCCUGCCAAAUAGCCCAGGACGACAGAACAGAUAUUCACAUCAAGCUUCUACACAUCCAAGAGCUUGAUACGAAGCUGGCAACCUGGCGAGCAGAGCUCUCCGAAACAUUUGACCUGGAUACUCUCAAUAGCCCGUCCCCAAGGAGCACCGCACGCGCGAUUUCUUUAAAUAUCUUGUAUCAUCAGAUCAUGAGCGUCCUGCACUCGUCAAUCGUACCCCUCUUCUCUUUGAAUCCAGUGGCAGCCGAAGCAUGCGGCUACUUCCAAACGGCAUCCGCGCAGACCGCCCUUGUUCAUGCUCGCCAGAUUUCAUCAAUCUUCCUGAGAUGGGGAUUCUCUAGCCUCCCGCAGGCCCCUGUCUCGGUAGGGUUUAUCGGCUACGCCGCGUACUGUUCUUGUGCAAUCCAGUUGCCAUUUUUGUGGUGUACCAAAAGCACCGUGAGCGAGGCUGCGCAUGCAAACAUCAAGGCCAACCUGAAAACAAUGCGCUCUAUGAGCAAACACUGGAAAUUAAUUGCAGCCCUGGUAAGCCCGCAACGAUGUCCACUAUGCUACUGA